GCGCUAUGCCGAGGAUCUUUCUCAUUUCGCCUCAUCCGCCACUUUUUGUGUCCCUUGCGGCACUCACACUCACCAACGUCUUUAUUUACAUGGUCAUAUACUACUUUUAACUAAUGUUUCACGAAACCCUUCAAUGCUGCACCGGGUCGCCACUGUCGCACAGUCAAGUUGCGGAUCCGCUGUUCAACAUUCACAAGUUCCUAGCUGCGGGAACUAUCGCAAUAUCACUGACCCCAAAUUAUGCGCCGAAUAUCGUCGUACAUGUAUCCGAUCUCUGGCAUAUUCUUCCAGGAUUAUCAGCACUUUCGGCCCUCGUUCAUCCCGAUGAAAUUGCCUUCAUCAGGAUACUCGACUUUUUAUCUCAGCACCAUUUCAUUCGAGCGACUUGCCGAUUCGGCCAUGGUAGCCUGUCAUCCGCGCUCCUUGUGAGGAUUUAUCUAAUACCAUACGACCUUGCAAACGUGCAAGGUCAACUUCGCAUUCGAGAGGACGCGAUUCUUACUGCAGCGCGACGAUAUUUACGUAUUCUACUUCCACGGAUUGUUCAAGAUAUAUCAGAAUGGAAUGGGGGAGACGCGCAAUCAUCUACAUUGAGAAAGCUAUUUUAUGGACUAUCACAGGACGAUCGCACGAUGGCGGAAAUUUAUAGCUCUUUGCCAUCUCCUGUUGCCAGCGAGGUGUCUCCCCUGGCAAAUGCAAUUCUGGAUGGUACCACCACGAGGCUCAGAAGCGAGCUUCACCCGUAUCAGCGUUGUUCGGUCAUCGCGAUGCUUGGCAAGGAGCUUUCACCUCAUGGCGUACCCGAUCCUCUGUAUAUUCCGAUCCGUGGAGUGGAUGGUAUCGAGUUCUACUUUCAACCAGCAACAUUCGAAUUACUGUCCGAACGCCCCAUAGUGCAACAGAUGCGAGGAGGCAUUCUAUGCGAAGAGCUAGGGACCGGCAAAACUGUAAUGGUGCUGGGCCUUGUUUGCGCUACGGUCGAUCAGUCGUCUUCACCCGAAGAGUCGCUCUUAGACGACCGCCCCGUUAUGACGCCGAUUUCGUUCAAUUCUCUUACAUCCCCGUCUUCUAUCGCCAGCCGCCAACGCCUCAAUAGGGUCAUCAAGUCUCGGCCAGCGAAAUCCAAUGAAGCUGAAUCCCCUCAGAUACCAUCGCUACGAGCAAUUCUCUUGCAUUAUCUGCGCACUCACCCAGAUGGUCUUAAUGUUCGAUAUCACCACGACGAUCUUGAAGAUCGACAACUCCUACAAGCAUAUCAAGCAAACGUUCCUUUCUAUCUUCAUUAUAAUGAGGAACCUCUCGACACGAAUUGGUCUCGCCGACGACGGACAGAACCUAAACCAAGAAUAAUGUAUUUGACGACUGCAACUAUUAUAAUUGUUCCCGUCAACCUUCUAUAUCAAUGGGAAAUGGAGGUACUCAAGCACUGUGAAGAUCCGCUACGCCUUCUGGUGAUCAGAGAUACAAAGCCUUUGCCGCCAGCUUCAGAGUUAGCAUCUUUAUAUGACAUAAUCCUUAUGAGUCAGACAAGAUUCUCAGCCGAGGCUACCAAGGACUGUCUCGAAAAACUGCAUACUUGGAAGCGAUGCAAUUGCCCUCCCGUUCUCUAUUCUCAAGUGACGAUCACGAACUGUCAGUGUCACCGGCAUGACGAUGUCUCGCCUCUCUUUCAGGUGCGCUGGAAAAGGCUGGUAAUAGAUGAGGGGCAUGUAGCGUCCAGUUCUACUACCAAUCUGGUAUCAUUAAGCAAGAAGUUGAGCAUCGAGAGAAAAUGGAUUGUGACGGGAACUCCAACAACGAACCUCAUGGGACUUCAUUUUGGAGAAGGCUCUGAACUACAGUAUCCUGAAGAUGUUGCUAAUUCUGCUGCCAAUGAUGUGGUGGGUUUACCAGGGUCACCUCGGAGUGAUAUCAGUAGCAGUGACCUAUCCUCUGCAGAAGAAGAGCCUUUCAAGCCUAUCAGAGUCUGGACCAGCGAUGACCGCCAGGAUCUGAACAAGCUGGCCAACAUGAUGGUCCAUUUUCUCCAGGCUCCACAGUUUGCUUCAGAUUCCAAGUUAUUCACUAAUUUGGUCAUCAAUUCUCUCAUGGCUCCUUCAGGACCUCUGCCUCACUCAAUUGAGGUCCUUACCCAGGUCAUGAAUACUGUGAUGAUCAGACACCAGAUUACUGAUGUUGAGAAAGAUAUUCUCUUGCCCAUUCUCAGUCAUGAGACUGUUCUGCUGGACCUUGAUCCUUAUGCGCUCAAGACCUACAAUGUCAUGCAAGCUACCAUUGCUGUAAAUGCAAUUGACUCUGAAAGAGUGGACCAGGACUAUCUAUUUCAUCCAAGAAAUGUGGGGCACUUACAACAAAUUAUUGAGAAUAUGUCACAAGCCAUGUUCUGGCACACUGAUGAGAACUACUUCAAUGCUGAUGAAAUCUUGAAAGAUAGUGAAGGCUAUCUGAAAAGAACGGCAGAAAGAGCAUCUCAGCAAGACCUUACUCUAUUGAAAGAUGCCCUUCAUCACUUGAAAUCAGCAGCUUCAGAUCCGGUCUGGAGAGCCCUGUUAUGCCAUGCGAAUGUUUUCCACAGGGCUUUUGGCAUCCCUGAAGCCAUAUAUCAGGCUUGGACGCCGCUGCCUGCCUCAGUUUCUUCAAUCACCGAUUUCUUUAGCUCAAACCCCUAUUCAUUCUGUCACCCAGAACACCUGUUCAAACUACAUCAACUCAUCUCCAAAAGACCUUUGCUCAAUGAGGCAGGACUCAUCGACAUUGGUUAUGCGGUCCGCAAGGAAGAGCUGCUUCGGUACAGGUUCAACAUGUCUCGGUUACAAAUGAGCAAAGCCGGAAAGCGUCAGAAGGAUCAUCUCUCAGACAAGACCAUGAAACUCAAAGAAUUUGACUUGACUUCGCCGGGGAAACUCAAGCACAUUCGUCAAGAGUUAAUCGACGCGCAGGAUCGAGUCCAAACCAUUUCCGCUGGCGCUACUCCUGGCGAACACGUCGCUCCCCACGAGACUUAUACCACCUCUCCUCUGUUAGCCAAAUCGCCGCUGGCGCAGGUUCGCAUCGGGAACACAACAUCAUCAAAGCUUAACUACAUCAUAAAUGAUAUCCUUCUCCACGCAAAGACGGAGAAGUUCCUUAUAUUCUCUCGGUCGCCACUCACUCUGGCGUACAUCUCGGAAGCCCUCGAUGUCAUUCGUGUAAAGUCGCUCCACUUUACGUCAAAGGUAAAUCUGAAGACACGCGAGCAGUAUGUGACGACGUUCGAAACCUCAGAUACGUAUCGAGUGUUCCUGAUGGAACUCAAACAUGGCGCCCGCGGAUUAAACCUUGUCUCCGCAUCUAGGGUAAUCUUCUGUGAACCGGUUUGGCAAGCUGACGUUGAAACACAAGCUAUCAAGCGAGUGCAUCGUAUUGGUCAAAUACGACCGGUCAUUGUCAAAACGCUCGCGAUCCGGUUAACGUACGAAGAGACCAUGGUUUCUCGAAGAGAGGCCCUAAGAAGCGGACUGGGGAGCUCAGGUGGUAAGCUGCCUGACAUGACAGACGACAGGACGAUGCGUGAUUUCUUGGCGAACCCAACCUUUCUUCCGGAUCCACCACCUCCAGAGAUUGAACUCGAUAUACCGCUUUUGGGUGACGAGGCCGCACGAGAGAGCAACAGGCUUGCUUCCCUCCCCGAGGCGGGUGCGAAAAAGCCUCUGCGCUACAUGUUGCGCGAUGAUGACUCGGAUGACGACUUUGACAACUCUGCAUCAGCUCAUGAGGAAGGUACCUCGAUGCAGAUGGCACCAACGCAUUCCAACCAUACGGCUCUUUCUGUCAAUUUCGACCGCUUGCACGCCAGCUCACGCAUUUCACCGACGAUCAAGAGGGUGCGUUUGAUUUUGCCCCCGGAGCCAGCUAGUCGAGAUCUCCAGCAUGCCAUUGGCAGCAAUCCAGUGCAGCAUGAGGAUCCCGAAGUUCGCCCAAGAAAGAAGCCAAGGCUUUCCGUCCGCUUUGCUGUUUAACAUUUAUAGGUAAAUCGGAAACCCAUUGUACCAUACCAACCACGUAGUUUAGAGUUUCGCGCCUCAGUUCAUUCAAACAUCUGCAUGUCUAUAUUCCGUGUACCAUAACUUAUUCCAUAUCUUAUACAUUCAACAUUCUCAUCGAAUC